CGUCCCAACGUUCAAUGUCUUCCUCCUAUAGAGGAAAGUCCACAAGCAAGCAUUAUAGAUAAACCAGGAGAGGAGAAUAUGGAAACUAAGUGUCCAAGCCAAGAAGAAGGCCAGCAAAUUGACACGAAGACUAAAGUAGCAGUAAUCAGAGAGAAUAUGAAAAAAAUGAUAUUAAAUGGCUUCAGCAUGGCAAACUUACAUCACAUUACUUUACAAAUCUUGUAUGUGUAUUGUAAGUUGAAUAUGAAGUUUGAAAAACAUGAUUUUACUGAUCUCAUCAUUAAAAAUGGAGAAAGCAAUCUACUUAUCAUCCAAAAUUUCUUGUUAUACCUUCAAAAUCUUUGUAAUGAUCUGCUAAAAGCAACAGCUAGUACCAAACCGCAGAUAAUUCCCAAAAGAUGUUAUGAUGAUAUUAAAAAAGUGAAAGGUGCUGAUAAUAUUCUAAAAAAGAUUGGAUUCACCCCGGAUUCUUCCAACGGAGCUAAAAUAUCAAAAAGUAUGAUUGCAGACAAGGCAGCACUCAUAUCAUGGAUUAUAGAUCUUGCUAUUGCGCAGUGUGAACUGGUAAAUUUCAUGAAGGACAAGCAUCCAUAUCCUGGCUUUAUAAAGAAACUCCUGGAAGAAUCUGAAGUGGAGCAAGGAUGUAGCAUCUGUGGACAACCAAAGCCCAAUAUGAUUUGUUCAUCAUGUGAAGAUAAACAAUUGUGCACUAGUUGUGAUGUUACCUGGCACUCCCAUCCAAAGCGUGUUGAACAUAUACGUUCUCCAAUAAAAGAUACUGCUCCACCGAGUUUACUGUCUGGAAUUUCAAGUAUACAUCAAUCUGCAGAUCCAUAUAUCUCACAGAAACAAUAUCAAGAUGCUUUGGAUAUGGAUCCGAAGAAACUUGAACGUAUUUUACAGGACCUGAGUAAUACACUCGAGAGUAUGGAAUGUGAUGAAAAUUUUAAUGCCAAAAAAAUUGAAUUGGCACGCAAACGCACUGUUUUUACGAAUGUCUAUAUAAAGAAAGUUGAUAAAGAACUACAAAAAUUAAGCCAACAUAUUGAUAAUGUGGAUCGACACAUUCAAACUCUUGUAUUAGAUGACCGGGAUUUUUAUGAACGUGAUGAAUAUGUAGCCCUUACCCAAGACAAACAGUUUAUCCAACAAAAAAUAACUGAGUAUAGGGAAAAACAAAAAUAUUAUAUGCUUUUACCAUACAAGGAUGGUAAAUUAUUUCCCAGUCAUGCAUUAAGUCAGCAAGAAUAUGGUUAUAUGUCUGAUUCUCAAUUCAAUCGAGAUAACCACAGAUGUAAAGAUUCUUCAGUAAUGCUUUCUUCAAGUUAUGGUAAUUGGGAAAAAUCUCCACUGCAUAAACCUCCAAUGGUGCUCAGUGAUAAUUAUCUUGAUUUCCCAGACAUAAAUUUCUCUGUGCCACCGGAGUCUAGUCAGCUAGAUGAUCUUGCACAGUUAAUAGGAAAAUCUCCACAGAAAACAUCGCCUUUAACGACACUUUUCUCAAGUUUUGGUGGCUUGGCUGAUGAUGAUAUUGGAAUAAUUUAUUGGAAAUGUUCUACAUGUGGUCAUAAAAAUUCUACAGACAGGGAAAAAUGUUUUAAUUGUGACAAGUGGAAAGAAUGCAAAACUAGAAAAGACACACCUUCUUUUACUGAAGCAAAUGAAAAUAUGUCUACAACUUUCCAAACAGUGGCUGCUGAACAAGAUCAAAUUUUGUUAGAGAAAAAAAUUGCUCAGCAACAAUACAGAAACUCUCUUCAAAUGAUGUCUGAAGCCAACAACCCCUUUGAUUAUGAAUCUGCAAUAGAACCUACUUCUCCAUGUAGAACAGUGAAUCAACCAUGUAUUAAUUUAGAAGAUGAUAGAAAAAACCUGAGCUUUAACAAAGUCGAUAUGGCCACAGCAUCUCCUGAUGGUCUGGAUAAAAUUGAUAGGGUUAAAGUUUCAUCUGAAGAUCUGUCUCAAACCGGUGGGAUGAAAGCUUUGCCUGAAGAUCUGCAUAAAAUUGACGAGAAAAGGAGCCGAAUUGAGAUGGUAACUGAAGCUGGAGAAAUUGUCAAACAGUUACGGCUUGCUGAACAACAAGGGAUUGAUGUUGAUACAAUGGUGAUAGCACUUGAGAACGUAGAUGAAUCAGUUACUCCAAUGGAAUGGAUCCAGACCCAGUGGCCAGAUUAUAUCACAACUGCUACAGUCUUGAUUGUUAACCGAAUUGGAGUCCAGUUUCAUAAAGAAGACGUAACCUGUGCCUUGAAGAAGCAUAAAGGCAAUGUAGAAAAAGCUGUCGAAGAAUGUACUCAUUCUUAUCAAAAAAAGCUUAGAAAGUCGCAAGAAUUUGGCAAUUUCUCUGAAGAAGAUUUCAAACAAGCUUUUCAGAAACAUAGUGGAGAUGUUGAUCUAAUACUCCAAGAGUUAUUUACACCUAGUUUAGAUGAAUAUGAGAAAAGAAUUUGGGCUAUAAAUGAGCCUCUCAAUCGUUCGUUAUCAGCUGACUUAAUUAACCUUUUAAAAGACAAUCAAGUAGAUGUCCAAAGACGUGUUAGGGCAGCCUAUUCUGAAAUUGCAUUCAAAGGUUGGCGCCGAGCUGAAUAUGUUGUAGGUAUUAUUGACAAAAGUCUCCAAACUCUUGAGAACUGUGAUAUUGCUGAUAUUGUUGAAAUAGUGCAGAAUACAACUAGUAUGGACCUUGCUUUGAAACAGUUGAGAAUUGAAUGCAAAAUCUGCUUUAAUUCUCACCCCCAAACCAAAAUUAUGACACUUUGUUCGUGUGAUUGUAAAUUUUGUAUUGGAUGUUUCCAACAAUAUUUUGAGCUGAAGAUAAAUAAUGAACCUGUUGUUACUUGGACUUGUCCUAUAUGUAGCUUACCUGAACUUAGUGAAUCUGACACAGUUCGUAAUUAUUUCAACAUUUUAGGCAUCCAGAUUAAACAAAAUAAUUUUAGUCAUAAGACUAAUAUGUUGUAUGAGACCAAACUACGUGAUUGGCACUUACAGAGGGAUCCUAACUUCCGCUGGUGUCAGCAGUGUGGUGGUGGUUUUCUGUUUGAUGGAAAAGGACUGAAGAUGAGUUGUCCAUUUUGUAACAGAGCGAUGUGUUUUAAAUGUGAGAAAGUGUGGGGUGAUCAGCACCAGAAUCUAAGUUGUGAAAAAUACAAUGAAUGGUUGAUUAAUAACCAUCCAGAAAAUCAAGCACAAGGUCUUGAAAUAAUACUCAAAAAGAAUGGAAUUAUCUGUCCACAAUGUAAAUACGUUUACUUCCUAAGUAAAGGUGGUUGUAUUCAUUUUACCUGCAAAGAAUGCCGACAUCAGUUUUGUUCUGGCUGCCAGAAAAAAUUUUACUCAAAAGAUGAAUGCAAAAAAUUCAAAAGCUGUUGCACAAAAGGUAUCCAUGCCCACCAUCCAAGAAAUUGUUUAUAUUACCUGCGAGACAACUCUAUUGGAGACCUGCAGAAAUUACUUCAGAUGAGUCAUGUAAAUUUUGACACAGAAUCUAAAGAACAAGUCGAUGUGUGUCCUGUGAUUGAACAGAAAGAAAUCUCGUCUGAUACUUACAAAGAUGCCAAAUGUGGAAAAGAUGCUUCACGGGGUAACGCUGGUUUUUGCACGGAUCAUUACAAGGAAUAUUUAAUAACAUUGAUCAAUGAAAACAAAGUCGACCCCAUUGAGUUGUUCACGAAACAGAAAAUUAUACAAGUUCUUUCUCGCUAUGACAAAACUGCCCCAGACCAAGGCAAUCAGUCAGAAAGUGAAUAUAUCAACUCUCUCAAAAAGUUGCUGCAGCAAGUUGAACCAAUUUUGAAAUGAAAGCCUGACUGAUAAUUUUAUUUUUGUUAACCUGAGAUAUAUUUUGUUAAUUUAUUUAAUUUAAUCUUUUUUUUUUUGAUUUGUUAACAUUCUGAGUCGUAGGAAAUGGUACUCUUGGCAGAGCAGCAUUUAAUUACAAGAAUUGCAUAAGUUUUUAAGCUUUCUGAAGUUAAAAAUGGACAAGGGAAUGUAUAGUGUACAGAUUGGAUUGAAGUCUAUAGAUUAGUCAUGUAGAGAGAAAGCAUGGUUGAAUGAUAAUGUAGACCACUUUGCAGCCAUUGGUCCUGAGUUCAAUCUCACCAUAUGGCACUUUGACCAUGUGUCUUCUGUCCUGCCUUUCAACCUUGUGAGUGGAAUUUAAUUAGUUUCUGUCUGCUAAAUUUCACUCAUUAAACUGAAAGCUAUGGUAAAAGACACACAUACGUGUGUAUGUAUUUAUCUGUGUGUGUGUGUUUGUGUAUAUG